ACACAACACAACACAAGUACACAACCAGCUUCAUUGGCAGCCCCACCCCUAGCCGCCUUCCGUGACACUCCACCCAAAUUAUGGAUAUUCAGGACUUGUUUAUGAAGUCAACGUUAGAUUCUAUUUUCAAAGUUGCAUUUGGAGUUGAUCUAGACAGUAUGUGUGGCUCAAAUGAAGAAGGGAAGAAAUUUGGCCAGGCUUUUGAUGAUGCUAGUGCUUCAACCAUGUUACGAUAUGUAGACAUCUUUUGGCCUAUCAAGAAAUUUCUCAACAUUGGCGCAGAGGCUAAACUUAAGAGAAGUGUCAAAACUGUUGAUGAUUUUGUUUACAAAUUAAUCAGUAACAAAGUGGAACUAAUGAAAAGUUCACAAAGCAAUGUCUCAGAAAUGCAGAUGAAAAAGGAUGAUAUCUUGUCAAGGUUCCUGGAGCAGAGCGACACUGAUUUGAAGUAUCUGAGAGAUAUAAUCUUGAGCUUUGUAAUUGCGGGUAAAGACACAACAGCAGUUACACUUUCAUGGUUUGUUUACAUGCUUUGUAAACACCAGAAUAUACAGGAAAAGGUUGCUGAAGAAGUAAGGAAAAUUACGAAAAUGGAAGGAGUUGGAAAAUUUUCAGAACUUGCUGCUAGUUUGACAGAAGAAUCACUUGAAAGAAUGCAGUAUUUACAUGCUGCAUUGACAGAAACUCUCAGACUCUAUCUAGCAGUUCCAGUCAGAAAAUUUCAUUGCUCUCAUAAUCUCAUUGUUUGUUCUCUUCCUUUUUAUUUUUCUCUUUUGUGUUACACGUUACUUGCUGAAGUUUAUGUCAAUUUCAGAGGCACAUUCCAACUUAUCAUAUAUCAACCAAGCUAAUUUCUACCUUUCUCUCAAUUUCUAAUUUUGAAAUCAAAAUAAUUGCAUUUUCUCUAAUUUCAAAGUCCAACCAAAAGGAGUCUAAGAAAUUCAGGUACUUGACAAAAAUAAACAAUGCAAUCAUGAUGAAAAACUAAUUGUCCUCUGCUACAAUCCCAUUACCAAAACAUAAAAAUAAAUAAAUUCGAAGAUAAACCAUACUUGUUAUCAAUUCUAAACAUUAAACCCUAAAACCCUAAACUUUAAACUAAAAAAAACCAAAAAAAAAAAA